UCCCCCAAAGCCGCGAUCGAUAUUAUCUCCUUACAGUGUACAAUGAUGACAGGAUAAUUAUGGAAAGCAGUAUGCAUGGGCCAAAAGAUACUUCAAAAGUUUGCUUCAUCGACUAAGUGCCCGAAACACAAAUUAUCGGAGGAUUUGUAGGUAUUAGGAUUUGAGUGGGAGAAGUUUUAAAAUCAUCAUUUGCAUUUCCUAAAUUCAUCAUCGCUGUUCAUCUUGUUCCUCAACGAUUAAUAUCUCGUAAUAGAAAUAAAAAUGAUUCAGGACCACUGAUUGUAUACUUCCAUAUUUGUUCAUCAUUGGAGAUAUCAACGACAUCGGAUGUUCCUACAGGUCAUAUCAUAAUUCUUGUAAACACAUCGUUUAUUAUUCUUAAGGGCAACGGAAAUCUACCACAAAGUUCCUGAUGUGAUAGUGUCUAUUCAGUUGGUACUUUUGUCGUGGAAUCAAGUUCUUGAGCGAACAAAAAUGUGGAUUUCAAGAUGAGUCGUGAUUGAUUGCAAGAUUUCAUACUAAUUUACGAUCUGGAUAGAACAAGAUUCGCAUCCACACAUCAUCGGUUUGAUUGCAACGUGGUGUUUCAGUUUCACGUUUAUUUUUCAUCUUAAAAAGUCAAGUGCUCUUAAAACGCAACAUGGCGGCGUUAAGUGAGCGGAAUCUAGAACAGUUUAACCAGCAGCAGCCGACCGGUCGACGCAGACCAUCGGUAAUGUCGCGACGCGCAUCGAUCGUAAGCAGUCACUCCACAUCCAAAGAUGGCGACAUGAUGGGACCGCCUGGUUAUCAAGGAAAAUUCCGACGAUUGUCCAGGGCGUAUUCUAUCUCCAUGGGCAGCCAUCGGGGCAACCACGCCCUGCGAUCGGCUGCCGAUUCUCAGCAUUCGAAACCGGCGGCUGUGAAAUACGAGAACACCUUCAAGAUGAAACCGGAUGAGGGGGCGGUCUUCAAGCACGCCGCGGUCCAGUCGAUCCUGGAAACCGUCCUGGAGCGGUAUCUAUCAACCGCGCAGUACGCACCGAAAACUGUAUCCAUGUUCACGCAGAACAUCGUCGACGAGGUGAAAAGGCGAGUCAAGGACUUGAAGAUGCCGAGGUACAAGAUAGUCUGUCAGGUCUACAUCGGGUCCAAGAACGGCCAAAGUAUGCAGAUGGUCAGCCGAGCGGUCUGGAACACAGAGACAGACAACUUCGCUACGGCAAACUUUCAGAAUCAGUCGCUCUAUGCCAUUGCUUCCGUACACGCAACUUACUACGAAUGAACUAAAUGACUUUGAGCAACUCACUUGUACAGACGUUUAAAGAUCUAUGGGCCAUAUACCAUAGAUGGAGCGAAGACACAAUGUAAUGUCUAUUUGCCUCACCCUUGGCCAUUUCAGGG